AUGGAAACCAACUCUCGUACUGAAGCAUUAGGACUGAGAUCGAGGAUUCCUAAAGUUGGCUCUGGACCUCGCGGGGCCGGUCAACUUUAUUAUACGUCUCGAGUGUUAAACUCGACCGCCCGGUACGAAGAAUUCGUGAAGAAACUGCGGGCGAGCGAGAAGGAACUGAAACGGCUAGAAAAAGAAGCACUGAAGAAAGCUGAAGAUAAAUACAAAAUAACUUUCUUUUCGCGGUGUCAGCGCAAAUUAAAAGAUCUCUAUGCUAUAGAAGAAAAGGAGAAUGUGCGUAAACUUAUACAACAGGUUUAUGAUGGCAAAGCAGCAGCCUGGCAGGAUACUGAAGACCGCUUGGCGCAUCUACUAGCUAAGCGAAAUAAGGAACAUGAGAAUAAAUAUUCGUCUACGGAAUUUUCAUUGUCUAAAUGCAUACACGCACUUCCAUUGAUAAAGAAGCAACAAACUCAAGAAACCGUCGAGGCCUGGGCACAUCAGGUCCAAGAGAAACAGGCACGUAAGAUGGCGGACAAAGAAGUAGAAAACAUGUGGCAGGCCGUCCUUAUGAAGGAGACUGAAAUGCUUACCGCUCGAAUGGAAUUGGAAGCAAUAGAUCGCUAUCGUCGUGACCUUAAAGCAAAAGAAGAUACAGAUCGCCAUGUUGAGAUCCGUCGGAUAGAGCAAGCUAAACAACAAGAGACAUUGAAACGUGAAACGCUGUUGAUGCUGGCUAAGUUUGCAGAAAAUCGUGUUCAAGAAAAAGAAGAAAAACGUCAACAUGAAGAAAUCCGCCAACAGCGAGUUGAAGAUAUUAAAGAAAUGAUUAAAGAACGUAAAGAAACGGUCUCCAGGCAUCAGAUCAAGGACAAGGUCGUCAGAGAUACCUGGGCUUCACUGACCAAUCAAGGAUUAGGUGAUGAAUAUAAACAAAAACAACGCAGAAAGCAGCAAGAGCGAGAAAUAGCUGAAUGUAACCUCAAGUUAUCAGAGCAAAAGCAUCGCCUUGCGAAACAAAAAGACGACAAUAUACCACUCAUACUAGAAGAGUAUGAGCGGCGAGAAGACGCUGCUUACGACAAGCGUAAUCAGAUGAGUGAGCUUUCGCGUAAAAUUGAGUUGGAAACCAGAGCAGCUAUUGCAGAGCAAAUAAAAGAAAAAGAAAGAGUUUGCCUUAACCAACACGAUGUAACUUUAGAAUACACACGUCAGGUAUCUGAUCAGCUAGAAAAACUAGUGAAACAUAAAGAACUAACCGAUGAACAAGCUAAGAAGCUCUUCUAUAAAGACCUGCUUGGACAGAUCGAGUAUCACAAGCGGUUGAAGGAGCGGGCAAGACAGGAGGCUGAAGAGCAACUUAGGAAGAGUCAGAUUGCGGCUAAAGAAUAUCAAGAACAGAUAAUGCUCUGUCGGUCAAAGGGCGGCAAUGGCCAUCCGUUCAUGAAACAUGCACAAACCUCGUCCAAAUAUGCGGAUCCAGCUCUGAAGACCAAGCAAACAUGUCGCAGUGGACCUUCUAGAAUAUUAUCUAAUAUUUUUUAA